AUGUUCAAGUUUGGUAUCUUUCUGCUGGCCAUCGCCGCCAUCUUCGGCCUUCAGUGGUACUUCGAGGCAACGACCACGGAAGGGCAGUGUCCAGGCUGCGGUGUCCUGCAGAGAGGUAGCAACACGGAGCCCUUCAACUGCGGCAUGUGCGGUCUGGAGCUCGAGGUGAAGGAUGGACAAUUCGUGCGGUAUAUGAAGAGCGGACAGGCUCCUCAGACACCCUUCGAGCAGAUUCGGGACUUCGCCAAGCAGGCCGCAGAGACGAAGCCCCCACCGAAGGCUUCACCCAAAGCUUCGAGUGCUGGUAAAAAGAAGAGCUCCAGUUCGGAGGUCGUGGACGUGGAGGGUCCGGAGGGCUCCUUGAGCUACUGUAGGUCGACUGGCGAAGACAUGGCGGCUUCGGAAGAGAGCGCCGUGCAGGGCCGUUGCAUUUGCAUUCUGGGAGCCGGGCCAGCCGGCCUGGGCCUCGCCCUGGGCAUCGCGAGACGUGGCUUUUCGGGGGGCGUCGUCGUCUACGACCAGGCAGAAGACCAUGAGACGGCCCCGCGGUACAAUCCUGACCGAAGCUACACCAUCGACAUCACGGGUCACGGGGCACGCGCACUGGACUACCUGGGAGUGGUGCAUCGCUUCGACGAGCAGUUGAUCAAGUUCCGCGGGAUCCGCAUUCUACCGCUUGGGAAGGAAGAGCCUUGGACGGGUCCGGGCUGGACUGGGUCCCGCGGGGACAUCUGCCGGGCGCUGAUGCGCGAAUGCAGGGAGAAAUAUCCCGGAAAGGUCAAGUUUGUGUUCGGCACGACAGCGGAAGUACAAGACGCCUACACGGGCACUGUGGUUCUCAAGGACAGCGUCGGCGGCGUCCUCGAAAAAAGCUUUGAUUUGGUCGUCGCCUGUGAUGGGGCUGGCAGCACGGCCCGGACCAAAGUCAUGGCCGAUGUGCCGGGCUUCAAGAGUGAGAAGACAUCUUUGACGAACUUCUGCACAAUGGUCCACUUCGACCAAAACACAGAGGAGCUGGAUCCGUCCUGGCUCUAUGUGCUAAACAUCGAUCCCCCGGCUGUUGCUGGUGCAAUUAAUGGCGACGGUGGCCCCAGAGAUCCCAAAUGGUUUUGCCAGAUAGGCUUCAGGUGCAAGAAUGAGUUCAAAGAUGUUCCGGACGCGAUUAGAUACAUCAAGAAGACGGCUCCCAAAGUGCUUC